AUGCAAAUCUCCAAGCUCGUUAUCACUACUCUCGCUGCUUCCACUGCUGUCUCUGCCACUCCAGUUGCUAACAACUUGGCCAAGAGAGACGAUGCUGUCGAUGUUGUUUUGAAGGACGUCGAGGACCUUCUUGGAACAGCUGACGCUGGUCUUAACGUCACCUCUGUCCUUGAGCCAAUCCUCCAGCCAUUGGGAUUGAAGAAGAGAGAGGAGGAGUUGGCUGCCUUGGAGACAAGAGACCUUUCUACUAUUCUCAGCGACGUUGACGGCUUGGUUUCUGACAUCUUGAAGGGUGUUGGCAAGAUCAGCGCUGACUUGCUUGGCCUCUAA